AUGAGCAGCUGCAGUGCUUCUGACAUCCACUCUUUUCUCAGGAGCAUCGCAAGCACUCGCUCGGUACAGAGCACGGCAGGAACGGAUUAUACAACCAGCUAUGACUGUUCGAGUGGCCUGAGCUUGCAAGCAGGCAACCUUCAAAUUCAAAUGGUGAGCCCAAUGGCGGUUAGUAAUGGGCAGUGCUACUAUGAUGCAAGUGGUGGGUCAACUUGCUCUACAGCCGCCCCCAGCACCGGUUGGGCAAGAUUUUGCUGCUGUGUUGAAGCUGUUGGUGACUGCAAUGUCGACCAGCUUAAUUGCCCGACGGAACUGUCUUUGGCAACCGCUACGUCUGCCACCUCGACUUCGGUGAGCACAGUCACAACAUCUUCGUUGACAAUUACGUUUUCUUCAUCCAGCAAAUCCACAACCACAACAAUCACUCACUCAUCCACGGUUUCCUCAACAACGCGCACAGCAACGCACACCACAAGUACCAGCGUAACGUCCACCACAAGCACGUCAACGUUUAGCGCAACUACAAGCAUGACCUCCACUAGUACAACGUCUGCUUCUUCAACAAGAUCAUCAUCCAGCUCCUCCACGUCAGGUACAUCAACUACGUCCACGAUGUCCAGCACUUCCUCGACGAGCACUGCUUCUUCAUCUUCAUCGCGCACCACUAGCACAACGUCUUCGAGCUGGUCAACGACGAGCACAUUCUCCAGAACUACAGUCGCAUCGCUGAUCACUGAAACGAGCAGUCUCACUUCCACCCAUACUGUCACACCUACGUCAACUGCAUCUUUCUCUACGACCGGCACUACCACAACCCUGGUUUCAACAACAACUAGCACGACCUUGACCUUGACACUUCAAAGAUGGCUUUUUGACCUUCAGUCUUUCUUCAGGCCUGCCGCAGCGCCGAUCCAAACUAACGUUCUUCACAAUCUGCACGUUCCAUGUUGCCCUGCGCUUAUAGCAUGCACCAAGAACACACCAAAUGCAUGCUCGUGUAGUGCACAGCUUGACAUGUUCGUGCCCUGCAGGCCCAAACCCCUUCAAGCCGUGGUUACCACAACCUCGACGUCCUCAUCAACGAUGACAACUGCUACGUUCACGUCAAGUUCCUUUGAAGUGCCAACGCUGGCAAGCUCGACCACGACGUCGACCAAGUCGACGACGACCUCCACACCCCCUGGAGAUGAGCAGUCUGUGGCAGUUGCCUGCAGUGAAGUGAGUCUGGUUGCAUGUAUCUGUCUAUUUGUUGGUGUUGCUGCAUGA